CCUGCUGCUUCGUCCGACGCGUCCCAUUGAAUAUUCUCGCCUCCAGCCAUGGCGCUGGCACUCGCAAACUGCGUCAAGCGUACGGCCUUCGCCAGGCUGAUGUCGACGGCUACAUACCCAUUCUCCAAGGAAGCCGUCUUCCCCCGACCCCUUGUGCCAGAGCCGGAAAACCCGCCGGCGAAGUUGCUGCAGGGCAAAGGCCUCCAGCAAUACGUCCUCAACAACCUACCGAUACCUGAAAAACAAUCACUCAUGCACAAAUACUUCUCGCGACGCAGUCCCGAGCGUUUACUCCCCGGUUCCGUGCUUACUGUCACACAAGAGCACGCGCCCACAUCGUUCUCCGGAGUCCUCAUCUCCGUUCGACGGCGAGGGCCCGACACGUCGUUCGUGUUGCGGAACGUGGUGCAACGGGUGGGGGUAGAGAUGCAGUUCUACGUGAAUUCACCGCACUUGAAGGACAUCAAGGUGGUGCAGCGUGCGGGGGGCGGAGGUGGCAAGGAGGGCCGGAGGAUGCGGAGGGCGAAGUUAUUCUACCUUAGGGAUUCGCCGGAGAAGAUGUCCUCUAUCUCGCAGGGUGUCAGACAAUGAGUGUCCGCAGGGACCGCUGGACACGUCCGUAGUGGCAGAGAAUCAGGGCCAGCACUAUUGACAACUGGUGGUGAUUUUACUUACGGUCCGCGAACUCGAUAUGGUCGAGCGCAGUUCGAAGGAUAUGUGAGGGGACGAAGAUCCGAAGCCGUUAUCCGCACAUGUAGUACAACUUUAUAAUGAGAAUGAAUAUUUGUACACAUCCC